AUGUACCACAUGUUCACAGUGCUGCUGUGGACGGUGCUGGACGUUCUGAGCUCCUGGCCAGCGCUGGCUGUGGUGCAAGCCCCCCGCCCCUCCAACCACAGCCGGAGCCUGCCCAGCCUGCUGGCCCACCUGCGGCGCCUGGUGGGGGCGAAUGGCACAGGUGUGGGGGCAGCAGGGUCGAGUGCAGGGGGCCGGACAGCUGAAACGUGCCAGGGCUACUAUGAUGUGAUGGGGCAGUAUGAUGCUGCUUUCAACUGCACCACGGGAGGCUUUCUGUACUGUUGUGGCACCUGCCACUAUCGCUUCUGCUGUGAGCACCGCACACAGCGCCUAGAGCAAGCCCAUUGCACCAACAUCGAAACACCCUUCUGGGCCCAUACCCAGGCCUCCACCACAGUCAGCCCUGGCUGGGGGGACCCUGGCAACCUGCGCCCCCACCGGUUCCCAGCCAACAGCACCGUCUAUGUCAUCUGUGGUGUCAUCAGCUUCACCCUGGCUGUGGGCGUGGGCAUCAAGGUGGCCUUCAGCAAAGCAUCCCGCAGGCCCCGUGGACGGGAGAUCAAUGUGCCCAGGGCGCUGGUGGACAUCCUCAGGCACCAGGCAGGGACCAGCUCACGGUCUGAGCGCAGCAACAGCACGACACUCAACACAGGGGUCCAGGACAACGGCCCGACCCGGCCCCCCAAGAACCUGUACAGCACGGUCAAGCCCUGCAAGAGCAACCACGAUAACCUGCACCACAACUACAUCCAUGUCAACAUGGGUAGCCCCAAGCAUCAUGCUGCCACCUUGGACUGGCGGGCAACUCCCACGCCAACGCCCUCCAUGAAGUAUAGCUCGCUCACCUGCUCACGUUCCUUCCACAAUCUCUCACACCUGCCCCCAUCCUAUGAGACAGCAGUCAAGUCAGAGCUCAACCGCUACUCCUCGCUCAAGCGCCUGGCUGAGAAGGACAUGGACGACUUCUACUUGAAGCGGAGGCACCUAGCGGAACUGACCCGUGGGACCCUACCGCUACAUGCCAUGAAGAUGAACUAUGCCCGAGAGGACUAUACAGAGAAGUGCCCCAACCCGCGACGUGUCAUGUCACAAGAGCAUAUCCUGUCAGACAGCUACCGCCCUACACACUAUGACUACACCAUCCCCCGUGAGCGUGUCAUCUCCCACGAGCGCCUGCUCUCCCGUGAGGCCCUCCACUCCCAAGAACCCCUGCUUUCCCCUGAGCGUCUCCAUCAGCAGACCGGGCCCUUCCAGGAGCUGCGGUUGGGCCACCAAAAAGCCCUGUCCCAGACAAAUGUCUGCGCCAGCAGCACACCCAUGCUUGACCGGCACCAGAUGAUCAAAAUGAACUCCCAUCCAACCUCCAACAAUUCCCCCAAGACUACCUGGGAUGUAGGCAGCAACCACACAGCCAACCGGCGCCAGGGCUUUGGUGCCAAGCGCCAGAGCACCAUUGAGCAGCUCCAAUUCAUUCCUGGGCACCACCCAAGCCAGCACCUUCGCACUGGGAGCAAGAAUGAGGUCACUGUGUGA